UUCACAAUGGCGGCAUCCACUAAAAAAUCAGCAUGGCCGUGUAAACUGAGCGCAAUUCAUUGAGACGAUCAGCUGUUUGCGCUGUUUUAACGGACGAGCAAACCAUGUCUGCCGCUCAAGAGACUAGUCAGCCCGCUGAUUCAAAGAAAGACGCCGAACCCGAACAAAGUUACGGCUUCGAGAGCUACCCGGAAAGACGAGGUGGAAAGAAGUCCGAAAACUGGCUGCGAAUAGCGCUGUUGGGCGAAGGUCGAGAAGGCAUCGAUAACAUCCGCUGCGAAAAGAAUGUCGUGGAAUGCGUCAAGGAGAGUCCCCUGGUAAAGCUGAUGAUAAGUGCUUUGAAAAGUGCCGGCUGUGACAUAGACAUCCGAAGGAACAUCUGCUGCGAGCCAUGCGAGGGUCUUGUGACAGGUGGCUUUGAUACGGAGUAUAACCAAGUUGUCGUUUGCCAGAAUAAGGCCAGGUCGAGAGGCACAGUUCAGGGUGUGCUUGCCCACGAACUCAUGCACAUGUUCGACUACUGCCGGGCCCACAUGGACUUCAAGAACAUGGAUCAUCUUGCCUGUACAGAGGUUCGUGCUGCUAAUUUGUUUCAUUGCUCCUUCAUGAGUGCCAUGUCACAAGGGUCAGCAAGCCCCUUCAAUAUAGCUAAGUCUCAUGCGGAAUGUGUCAAGCAGAAGGCUGUCAAUUCCAUCGUUGUGGCGAGGGGUGUUUCGCAAGAAGAGGCAAGAAGUGCUGUCGAUCGCAUUUUUGACAAGUGCUACAACGACCUCGAACCUGUGGGAAGGCGAAUACGUAGGAAUUCGCCACACAUGCAUUGGGCGUAUCGUGAACGUUACCAUUAUGGAUAUGACGAAUAGUUAGUUAGUUUUAUAGCGACAGUGUCAAUUGAGGUCAUCCAGGAGGAUUCUGUCGGUGCCACAAGAAGUCAUGUUCAUACUGUCUGUGGAUAUUCUGCAGGCAGAUUAGGGCGUUGUUUUAUAGGUUUAAUAAAAAAAAAGCAUUGUUGUUUUCAAA